GAAAAAUAAUAAUUCCAAAUUUUCACAAAAUAAUCAAUUUUCUUGAAAUUAAUAAAGAAUUAAAAGAAAAUUCUUGAUUUUCGGGAUAGAAAAUGAUGUGUUUAAGUGAUGUAAAGUGAAGUUCAUUGUGAUGGAAGAGAAUGAAAGCAAAAAAUUGGAAAAUAAUGAAAGUCGAACGAAUGACAACAAAAACAAUGAAAUUUGUGACUUAAAUACAGCAGAAGAUGGCCAUGAUAAUGAAAAUGUGAUAACUGAUAAAAAUGAUUGCGAAACUUUAGACGUAAGUAAUGAAACAAAUUCUAGUCAUACGAAAUCUGGCGACUGUAGUUCAACUGGAUGUUGUUCAGGCGUCAGACGUAAAGCAAUUUCAACAAAUAAUGUUGAUAAGGAGCCACGAAAUGGCACGAAAAAGAAAGUACGGCCUAAUGGAUGUUUUAUCAAAUCGCCAGUACAAGAUUUGCAAUUAUGGAACAUUGGAAAAUGUUCGACAAUGAAAGAGACUGAUUUGGGUGAAGGAAUAACAGCAAUAGUAAAUUAUCAUAGACCCUUGGAAAGGUCAUAUCCUACAAGUAAUAGAAAUUCAAAAAGUCAAUCGGAACAUUUCUCAGAUGAUUUUGGAUUUGACAUUAUAGAUAUAGACGAAUUAGGAAUUUCUGAUCCAUUAAGUACAGGAAUUGAUUUAGUCGAUAUAGGAUCAUCAUCAUCAUCGGAUAGAAAGCAUGAUAGAAAGCCAACGAUUGAGCAAAUUAUUGAAAAUAUUCAUCCGCCAUUAGCAACGCCUGAAAGCUUAUCAGAAAAUGCAAAUACUCCAACUAAAUUGCUUUUAAAACGCACACUAGCUAAUUCUAAUGAAAACUCAGUUGAAGGAACACCAAAAUCAUCCAAAAUUCUUGGUGCCAUUGAUGAGAACGUAUUCUUAAAUAAAGAAGAGAUUAACUUUGCUGAUGAUUUGUCAAUUAAUUUAAAUGAUUUACGUCCAAAAUCAGCAUUUUUAAUAAAAGAAAGCUAUGAUGAUGGUGCUGUUGGAUCGAGCUCAAUGUUUUUAGUCGAAAUUCCACUCGUUAAGACGCACAAGCCACUUGCUCGUACUCUUUCCAAUGGUAAAUCAAGAAUUCACCAAAAAAAUGAUUAUCUAAUGAAUUCGAGUGCUGGUGAAUUAACAUUAGAAGCUAAAUUAAAUGUUAGAAGAAGUCCAACAUCAGGAACAACAACACGCUCUGCAUCACCAUUAGAAUGUCUCUCUUCACCCGAUCGCAAUUCUCCAAUAAUAAAUAGUAGCAAUAAUAAUAAUCAAAUGUCACGUUCCAGAGCUUUGUCUCGAUGUCCUCCUACUCCCACACAUCAUAGGCGAAUUAGGUCGUUAUCUGAUGGAUUUAGUGGUGGUUCAAUUGAAAGAUCACGGAAUUUAUUUUCACCAGAAACUGUGGCAAAUGUGCCUGACAUUCGUCAUGCUGAUAUUGUUAGCUUGUCAACACGUCAAGAUCCAUUAAGGACCACAGAAAUAAGGAAUGAAGAAGAUGAAACUGAUACUCCAGUACGUCAUGUUUCAAGUACGAGAUUGCCGUCGAUUCCUGAACGAGCUUUAGUAUCAAGAGGAAUUGUUGAGAAUGAACCACCUUUACCACAUUGCUGGGAAGCUCGAAUGGAUAGUCAUGGAAGAAUUUUUUACAUUGAUCAUCAAACGAGAACAACAAGUUGGCAACGUCCUACUAAUGCAGGUGCAUUGCCAAGUGGUGCUGAUCAACAUAGACAGCAAUUAGAUCGAAGAUAUCAGUCUAUUAGACGUACAAUUUAUAGCCGCAAUAGAAGUCCACCGAGAGAAGGAUACACAACUGCUUCAUAUUCUAGGCAAAUGCAAAAUAAUACGCAAUUUGAGGGAAUUUUCAUAGAAUCUCAUCCAGCACUAAUAAUGAUUUGUCGACCAGACUUUUAUUCACUCUUACAUACGAAUCAAGAAGCAAUUGAUAUAUAUAAUAGCGUAUCAGCAUUGAAGCAUAUGAUUUCACGCAUUAGACGAGACCCAUCAUGCUUUCAACGAUAUCAGCACAACAAAGACCUAGUAACGCUAGUAAAUUGCUUUGCAAUAAUUAAUGCUGAUUUACCGUCAGCAUGGGAAACGAAAUUAGAUCAAUCGGGAAAGCAAUUUUUCAUUGAUCACGUUCAUCGCAAAACGUCAUUUAUGGAUCCCCGUUUGCCAAUUGACUCGCCCCGAAGUCGACGACGAAUGCAAGAAAAUGUUCCUAUUAUUCCGCCAAGACCACCUCAACUACCGAGAUUAUCGGUCGGGUCACCAGAAGUGCCGAUUGCAUACAAUGAAAAAGUUGUUGCCUUUUUGCGACAGCCAAAUAUUUUAGAGAUUCUGAAAGAGAGACAUGGCACAAAUUGUUCACGUAGCUUACGUGAGAAAAUCAAUUCAAUAAGAGUUGAAGGAAAUACCGCACUUGAAAGACUUGGACAUGAUCUUCAAUUGACGAUUUUAUUGAGUCUCUUCGAAAAUGAAAUUAUGAGCUAUGUUCCGGUUGAAGCACGAAGCAGUCCAACAUUGGGAUCACCUAAUUUAAGUACCGCACGAACAUCUCAACGUGCAUCUCAGAUGAUAAAGAGAGAUUUUGAGGCAAAGUUAAGGACGUUUUAUCGCAAGUUAGAGUCAAAGGGCUAUGGACAGGGACCUCAUAAAUUAAAAUUACACAUUCGACGUUCACAUUUACUAGAAGAUGCUUACAACCGCAUUAUGACAGCAAACAAAAAAGACUUACAAAGAGGUCGUUUGGCAGUAAUUUGGGACACAGAAGAAGGACUUGACUAUGGUGGUCCUUCUCGAGAGUUCUUCUUUCUUUUAUCUCGUCAAAUAUUUUCACCAUACUACGCUUUAUUUGAAUACAGUGCGGUAAACUCAUAUUCUGUGCAAAUUUCACCGCUCUCAUCUUUUGUUGAUAAUUGUCAUGACUGGUUUAGAUUUUGUGGAAGAGUGUUGGGCCUUGCACUUGUACACCAAUAUUUAUUGGAUGCCUUUUUCACAAGGCCUUUUUACAAAGCCUUACUACGACUGCCGUUAACAUUGAGCGAUUUGGAAUCUUUAGACAUAGAAUUCCAUCAGUCUCUUCAGUGGAUUCGAGACAAUGACAUAGGAACUGGGAGUUCACUAGGUCUAACAUUUUGUGUGACGGAAGAGCUUUUAGGAAGGGUCGUUGAGAAAGAAUUAAAGGCUGGUGGGAAAAAUAUUACAGUAAGUGAGAAAAAUAAGAAGGAGUAUUUAGAGCGUAUAAUAAAAUGGCGUUUGGAGCGCGGUGUACAAGAACAAACAGAGUCAUUAGUUCGUGGAUUUUAUGAGGUUGUUGAUCCACGUUUAGUUUCAGUUUUUGAUGCACGCGAAUUGGAGCUUGUUAUUGCUGGUACGGCUGAAAUAGACAUUAACGAUUGGAGACAGAAUACAGAGUAUCGUGGUGGAUAUCACGAUCAGCAUCAAGUCAUUAUUUGGUUCUGGAAUGUCAUUGAGAGAUUUUCAAAUGAACAACGACUGAGAUUAUUGCAAUUUGUCACUGGAACGUCAUCGAUUCCGAUUGAUGGAUUUGCAAAUCUACGCGGAAGUACAGGUCCGAGGAGAUUCUGUAUUGAAAAGUGGGGCAAGAUAAAUUCACUUCCUCGAGCACAUACGUGUUUUAACAGAUUGGACUUGCCACCUUAUAACUCACCUGAAUUAUGUUAUGAGAAACUUCUGAUUGCAAUAGAAGAAACUUCAGGAUUUCUAAUCGAAUAAGUUUAUUCAUCAUUUGAAUAAUUGGAAUUGACUUUUUCAUUAAAAAGUAUAUUAGAUUGUAGAUAAAUUCAUAUUUUUUUUUUUGUGAAUUGUGACUUUAAAGGAACAGAAGAGAAAAUUUUCUCUUUUAGAAGAAAAUUUGAGAUUUUUUUUAUCUUACAAAACAUUCCAUUUAUGUUGAAAGAAUGAAAGAAAAGUUAAAUUUGUAUAAGCACUUUAAAAUUACUGAAAAUCAGAACAUUUUUAAUAGAUGUAAUUUAAAAUAGUAAAUUGCUCUUGGAAAUCGGUUUAAAAGAGAGUUUAGGUUGCUGGUAUUUUAAGAGGUGAACCUAAAUUCAUCAAUUUUAGUAAUUUGAUUUUGAGUCAAAAAGUACCCAAAAAUCUAGUAAGAUCUCAAAAUCGAUAACUGCCUCAUCCUUCAAACGCAAGUUCCCAAUUCAAAUAGAAUAAGCUCCGUGACGCUCGUAUUUAGCGCUUAUAAGUUUUGUGUUAAUUCGAUUCAAAUUGUUUUGCUAAUAAAGUUUAAGGCUGUAUACUUUAUUUAUUUAUUAGAUAAAAUUAAACUUAAAUUUCUACAAAUUAAAGACUAACAAUCAGAACUAAGCAUCUAUUGAUACUGAUUUAAAAUAAUUUAAAAUAACUGUCAAUUUUAUGAAUGUUCCAAUGUGUUUGAGAUUCGAGUGUAUAAGUCUUAAUAAAUGAAUGAGCAGUUUAAUUGAAAACAAUUUGUUAAAGAUAUUUUUUUACUCGUUUCUCCUUGGAAUCAACAUAAUUUGACAUUUUAGACAAGUCCAUUAGAAAAUCAACUUUUUCACAGUUUUCUAUUCAUCAGUUGCUUCAGUUACGGACAUUUUUAUUUCCAUUCACCCAAACAGUAAGCCAUUGACACUUUGUGUGAGUGUCACGAAGCUAAUUCUUUAUCCAACAAGCAAAUUAAUAUCAAAGAAUGAACAAAAAAUAUUAUUUAAUCGUUAAAUUAUAAUUAAUGCCGAAAAACAAAACACAUUAACACAACGUUACAAACACGAAAUAAGCAUAAAUUAAAAAGGGAAAAAUAUCCAAUUGUAAUUAAUAAAAGUAAUGAGAACAAGAAAUUAUUCAGCAACAGUCAAUAGCGAUAUGAAUCGACAUAAUAUUGUUGUCGCAAGCACACUCUCAGCUCUUUUAUUUACCAUAAAGAAACUAAAGAUUUCCUCAAAACUUUCAAUUACGCUUUUAAGCAAUAGGCCAGUUUUUAUUAUACAUAAAAUCAAUUGACGUACAAGAACAACUUGAGAAAAUAAAAAGAAAAAUA